CGUGCCAUGAUGCGCGUGUCAGCCAUCUUAAGUGCCACAUUUCAAUCAUAAGGAGUUUACUUUUUAUUUCUCAAUAGAUAGUGAAAUAGUCAACAAAUAUGCCUACGUGUUGUAUCGUGGAGUGUGGUGCAAGUAAGCACAAAAAUCCAGCUGGAUUGUCUUUACACAAGUUUCCUACAAAAAAUGAUUUAAGGACAAAAUGGUUAGAAGCUAUCGGUGUGGAAAAUAUUAAUUCCAGGCAUAAAAUUUGGUUUGUCUGUUCACUUCACUUUGAAGCGAAUUGUUUCAAUAGAACACUUGAUGUGUUAAGAUUACGUGAUAACUCUGUUCCCACAUUACUUUUGGAAUACCUCCUUUUUCAGACACCCAAAAAUGGCCCCCAGGAGUCUUUGGUUUCACAUGAAAUAACCAACAUCAGGAAACAUACUGGCACUGGCACAUCUACUGACCUAGACCCAUUGCUAUUAUCCCAUGAAAAUAUAAAUCAAACCGAAAGGAGAAAGAACACGCAGACUGUCCCUUAUAGUGAGACACCCAAAAAUGGCCCCCAGCAAUCGUUGGUUGCACAUGAAAUAACCAACAUCAGAAAACAUACUGGCACUGGCACAUCUACUGAGCUAGACCCAUUGCUAUUAUCCCAUGAAAAUAUAAAUCAAACCGAAAGAAGAGAGAAGACACAGACUGUCCCUUAUGGAGAGUUUGUGAAAUUGACUGAAAAAGUCAAGGCAUUGAAAAAUAGAUGUCUCAUGCAGCAGAAAAAAAUUAAACGUCUCCAUGAGAUGAUACGAAGGCGUAACAAAAAGAUAGCCAAUUUAGGAGAAGGAAGACAUCAACAGCCUAAUUUAUGCAAAAUCAAGAAGAGGGCUGAAAGAAAAAGUAUAUAUAUUAUAUAUGUUUAAAAUGUGUGAAA